CGGAUUCGGCCACGCCGCUGCUCUCCUCUCCACACACACACACCUCCGAUUCAUGUCCUUGGAGCUCGCAUCGGAAAGAUUGAGCGGUGGCCAAGCAAUCUCAGGCAUUGGGUUCUUCUCAGUUUUUUUUCCUUCUAAAGAAUCCACUUGUUCCGGAGAAAAAACAGACCUAAGCUAUUCAUGUGCUCAUUUCCUGUUAUUGUGUUACUUGAUUCUUCUCUGUAUUUUAUCUACAGUGUUCAGAAAUUUUGCUGUUUGCUCUGUGCUCUUGGUUGUAGCUUAAGCGAGCAGCAGAUAAUGUUACUGCCACCUAACUCGGUUGGAAGUAUCAGUUAGGCUGUCUCCACCAGGUGGUGACUGAAGAUUGCUAGCCGGCUUCCGCUGUUGAUGAGCAGGAUGAUAUUUAUUUCCCAGCCGAUUGGACGGUAUGGUUCCGCAUUCUUGUGUGGUUCGCCAUUUUCAUGAUGUAAUUUUGCGUGCUCACUUGUUUCAUCCAUAUGUUUGGUAUCAACUUAGGUUUCCUCUCUAUGUUGUUAAUGUCUUUCUUGUGUAGAGGCAACCAUUGGGAACCCAGAAAUUCUUAGGCCAAAUGUGUAGUAACAUGGUUUAUUAGGAACAGGGCAUAUGAUGGGCUUGAAGUAUCUGCAAACAGAAGGUAUUGACCGACUAACUGACGUCUUUGUCUACGAGGUCAAAGUCAUGGUCUUCUCCUUCCACAUCACAUCAAAUACACCAUGGUCAAAGUCAUGGUCAUCUCCUUAACAUCGCAUCAAAUACACCACUGCCGCACCCAGGUCCACAUCCACAGGAACAUUUACUAGGUCAUGGUCAUAUCGUUUAACACGGCAUCAAGUGCACAGCACAUCCACAGCCACACCCACAGCCACAACCACACGAAUCCACUUCCGGUCUUCCUUGGGUCAACUCUAAGUUUUUGCAACCAUGGAUAUAUAUGCAGUAGGAAGGCAGUCAUGAAAGUGGCACCUACAACUACAAGAGAAGGUACUGCUGCCUGACCUGAAUUUCUCUAGUGCAAGGUAUAGUGUAGAACUGUACAUUGAUCAUGGGCAUCUUGCCAAUGAUCUUCUCUAUGUUGGUACUCGAUUCAGUAGGAAAGCUAACAGCUCUAGCAUCCGGAGUUGCAACAAGCCAACUGAGCCCCGAGGGAAACUGGGCACAACCAUCACGUGCCGUGGCCACGCUCGAUGGCUGCCCAACGAGCUGCGGCAGCGUGAGGUUCGGCUAUCCCUUCGGCAUUGGAUCCAGGUGCUCCCGUGGGCCUGACUUCAACCUCAUCUGCAACGACACCACUCAGCCCCCCAAGCUCUUCUUGCAUGACGGCAUCACAGAGGUGAUCGACUUCGAUCCUUUUUGGAAUUCAAACCUGAUCUCGGUCUCCUUCUCACAUACCAUACCCAUGAAAUCUGGGGCCAGUCUCUACAAUUUGUCUUUCAAACCACUUGGGAGGCACUUCCAUGUAUCCACUGAUUACGUUGCUCUAAACAUCACCGGCUGUGACCUGGAGGUGUACUCUGUCAAAGAGAAUGCCACUCAGCCGAUAUGUGCAACUGUGUGCCCAGAUCCAGGGAUCACUGAGAUGGUGGCUAUGCACAACUGUAAUGGCUUUGGAUGUUGUCAUGUAGACGUGGAAAACGAUGCCGACACUUAUCAGUUCAAAUUUGUCUACGGCCACAACCCGAAAAACACCAAAGCACACUCUAACCAGACCUCUCAGUUGUGGGAUAAAAUCAGCAUAACCACUGAUCGCUUUCGGCUCUCAUGGGAUAUUGGGAAUCAAUCCGCCUGUGUUGCCUGUAAGAGUGAGCAUGCUGGGUGUGGCUACAACUACUAUACGGGAUUCAUAUCAUCACCAAGUGGCUACCGGUGCUUCUGCCACGACGGCUAUACAGGCAACCCCUACAUUUCACAUGGCUGCUCCAGCAACAACAAAGGAUACAAUCCAACCCCAAGCAGGGCUGAUUGCACCCGUCAGUGUGGUAGCAUUGAUGUGCAAUUCCCAUUCGGCUUUGAAGAGGGUUGCUUUGCCAGGGAAGAGUUUCACUUCAAUUGCACAAAUACAGUGUCAUCGGCUAUUUUGCUGCUGAGGGAUUUGGAGGUAAUUGCCUUGGAGGUAAUCGGCGUGAAUGUUGAUGAAGGGACUAUUAAUGCCACCAUUCCUGACCAACAAUUGGCGAACCCUACGUCUGAUUCAGGACAAAGCAGUCUUUUUUCUGCAUAUGGGUUGUUUCUCUCUAUCAAAUGGGUUGCUGCUAAUCUAAGUUGCGCAGAGGCCCAACAUAAUAGGUCUGGAUAUGCUUGUGUGAGUAUCAACAGCAAGUGUGUGGAAGUAAGUGCUGAAAGGGUCUAUGCUGGUUAUCGCUGCAAGUGCUCAGAUGGCUUCCAAGGAAAUCCAUACAUCCAAAGUGGUUGUCGAGAUAUUAAUGAAUGCCUUCAACCCAACAAAUGUAAAGAGAUCUGCCAUAAUACCGAAGGAAGCUUCAAUUGUAUUGAAUGUCCUCGCAAGACAGAGUAUGAUCCAUUAAAAAUGCAGUGUACUAGGAUAAAACAACAGACUCUACUUGUAGGUAUAAUUAUUGGGCUGUCAUGUGGUUUUGGCAUUCUACUUCUGAGCUUCAGUGUAGUGCUUCUCACGCAUAAAUGGAAAAGAAAUGUUCAAAGGCAACUAAGAAAGUACUAUUUCCAAAAGAACCAAGGUCGUCUCCUAGAAACUUUGAUAUCAUCUGAUGGAAGUGCAAAUGACAAAACAAAGAUUUUCUUGUUCGAAGAAUUAGAGAAGGCAACAAAUAACUUUGAUCCUGCACGUAUCAUUGGCCGUGGGGGUCAUGGCAUGGUUUACAAAGGCAUAUUAUCUGAUCAGCGUGUUGUUGCAAUAAAAAAGUCUAAGGUCAUUGAGGAGUGUGAGAUCAGUCAAUUCAUCAAUGAAGUUGCAGUCCUCUCUCAGAUAAGGCACAGAAAUAUUGUAAAGCUCUUCGGAUGUUGUCUCGAAACCGAGGUUCCACUGCUAGUGUAUGACUAUGUAUCCAGUGGCUCACUGUCUCAAGUUCUUCAUGCUGAUCCAAGUGAUGGUUGUUCUUUGUCUUGGAGUGAUUACUUAAGGAUUGCCGUGGAAACAGCAGGAGCUCUAUCUUAUCUCCACUCUUCAGCGUCAAUAUCAAUCUUCCAUCGUGAUGUGAAGUCCUCAAAUAUACUCUUGGAUGUGAACUACACAGCUAAAGUUUCAGAUUUCGGCGCGUCUAGAUUGGUUCCAAUCGAUCAAACACACAUUGUCACGAAUGUGCAGGGUACAUUCGGGUACUUAGACCCAGAGUAUUUCCACACCAGACAGCUGAACGAGAAGAGCGACGUGUACAGUUUUGGCGUGGUGCUGGUGGAACUUCUGCUCAGACUGAAGCCUGUUUUUACAAGCGAGUCGGGCACGGUCAACAGCUUGUCAAGCUAUUUUCUCCAGGAGUUCAAGGAGGGGAGAAUCGCAGGCAUUGUCAAUCCCCAGGUCCUUGAGGAGGCGACCGAGGAAGAGAUCAACGGUGUCGCCUCUCUUGCAGAACUGUGCUUAAGGCUACGUGGCGCGGAAAGACCCACCAUGAAACAAGUGGAGACCGAACUGCGGACUCUGCGAGCAAAACGCAUGAACUCAUCCCAAGCAGAUCCAGGGAGUGAAGAGAAGAUGCCACCAAGGCCAAUAGCUCGAGGGACUCGAUCUUCUCAUCAAUCGUCUGCGACGGAAUCAGGUAAGAGAGUCGUAAGGUCGGGACGCAGCGAACGGUCCUAUCGCUUGGAGGGAGACUGCGAGAGUUCAUGCCAUCUGCUAGCCGAGCACCACGCUUAGAUGAGUCUGUUCUAUUGAGUUUGUAAUGAUGGAUAAUUUGUUUCCCCUUUCUGCAACUGAUGCUAGGGCUUGUAUUACAGAUUAGUUAGAUUGGCGUUUUAAGUCACUUUAUGCCCAGAUCAUUUCAGGCACCAUGAUUAUAUCCGUUUUUCGGUUGGAAGCGUGCUUGUUAUAUGUAAACUGAUCUUAAUGAUUUGGGGUGAA